ACGUCACGGCGCGGGCGGAAGAUGGCCGGGUGGUUCUCCUGCAGCUGCUGACCCGCCGGCAGUGCGGAGCCGGAGGCCGGCUCCCGCUCCCGCUCCCGCUCGCCGAGUGGCCGCCGCCAUGUCGCUGCUGCAGUCUGCGCUGGACUUCCUGGCGGGCCCCGGGUCUCUUGGCGGAGCUGCGGGCCGUGACCAGAGCGACUUCGUGGGGCAGACGGUGGAGCUGGGCGAGCUGCGUCUGCGGGUGCGGCGGGGCCUAGCCGAAGGAGGGUUCGCAUUUGUUUAUGAAGCUCAGGAUCUGGGAAGUGGCAGAGAGUAUGCAUUAAAGAGAUUAUUAUCCAAUGAAGAGGAAAAGAACAGAGCCAUCAUUCAGGAAGUUUGCUUCUUGAAAAAACUUUCCGGCCAUCCCAAUAUUGUCCAGUUCUGCUCUGCAGCAUCCAUAGGAAAAGAAGAAUCGGACACUGGGCAGGCUGAGUUCCUCCUGCUUACAGAGCUCUGUAAAGGACAGCUGGUGGAGUUUCUCAGGAAAGUUGACUGUAAAGGCCCUCUGUCCUGCGACAGCAUUCUGAAGAUCUUCUACCAGACAUGCAGAGCAGUGCAGCACAUGCACAGGCAGAAACCACCCAUCAUCCACAGGGACCUCAAGGUUGAAAACUUACUGCUUAGCAACCAGGGGACCAUUAAGCUGUGUGACUUUGGCAGUGCCACAACCAUCUCCCAUUAUCCUGACUACAGCUGGAGUGCCCAGAAGCGAGCAAUGGUGGAGGAAGAGAUCACGAGGAAUACCACACCCAUGUACAGAACACCAGAAAUUGUAGACCUGUAUUCCAACUUCCCCAUUGGCGAGAAACAGGAUAUCUGGGCACUGGGCUGUAUCUUAUACCUGCUGUGUUUCCGGCAGCAUCCUUUUGAGGAUGGAGCAAAACUUCGGAUAGUCAACGGAAAGUACUCCAUCCCUGUGAAUGACACUCGUUACACAGUCUUUCAUGACCUUAUUCGUGCCAUGCUAAAGGUCAACCCAGAGGAGAGACUGUCCAUUGCUGAAGUGGUCCGACAACUUCAGGAAAUUGCAGCAGCCAGGAAUGUGAACCCCAAGGCCCCUAUCACAGAGCUGCUGGAACAGAAUGGUGGCUAUGGGAACUCAGGGCCUUCCCGGGCACCACCCCCUCCGGGGGGCCCUGUGAAUAGCAGUUACAGUGGAGUUCUGGCUCUGGCAGAGUAUGACCAGCCCUAUGGUGGGUUUCUCGACAUCCUACGGGGCGGGACAGAACGACUUUUCACCAACCUCAAGGAUACUUCCUCCAAAGUCAUCCAGUCUGUGGCUAACUAUGCAAAGGGUGAUCUGGACAUAUCUUACAUCACAUCCAGGAUUGCAGUGAUGUCAUUCCCAGCAGAAGGUGUAGAGUCAGCAAUCAAAAACAACAUAGAGGAUGUGCGGUUGUUUCUGGAUGCCAAGCAUCCAGGACACUAUGCUGUCUACAACCUGUCUCCACGGAUAUACCGGGCUUCCAAAUUCCACAACCGGGUCUCUGAGUGUGGCUGGGCAGCCAGGCGGGCACCACAUCUCCACGGUUUGUACACUCUUUGCAGGAGUAUGCAUGCCUGGCUCCGGGAAGACCACAGGAACGUUUGCGUUGUGCACUGCAUGGAUGGGAGAGCUGCAUCUGCUGUGGCAGUCUGUGCAUUCCUGUGCUUCUGCCGUCUCUUCAGCACUGCAGAGGCUGCUGUGUACAUGUUCAGCAUGAAGCGCUGCCCACCAGGCAUUUGGCCAUCCCACAAAAGGUAUAUUGAAUAUAUAUGUGACAUGGUGGCAGAGGAGCCCAUCACACCCCAUAGCAAGCCAAUGCUGGUGAAAUCUGUUGUCAUGACCCCUGUGCCAUUGUUCAGCAAGCAGAGGAAUGGCUGCCGACCAUUCUGUGAGGUCUAUGUUGGGGAGGAGCGCAUAACCACCACAUCCCAGGAAUAUGACAGGAUGAAGGAAUUUAAAAUUGAGGAUGGCAAAGCUGUCAUCCCCCUGGGCAUAACAGUUCAGGGGGACGUGCUCAUCAUCAUCUACCAUGCGAGAUCCACUUUAGGAGGGAGGCUACAGGCCAAGAUGGCGUCCAUGAAAAUGUUCCAGAUCCAGUUCCACACUGGGUUCGUGCCUCGAAAUGCAACCACUGUGAAAUUUGCAAAGUAUGACCUCGACGCUUGUGACAUUCAGGAGAAGUACCCAGAUCUGUUCCAGGUGAACCUAGAGGUGGAGGUGGAACCUAGAGACAGGCCCAGCCGAGAAACUCCACCUUGGGAGAAUAGCAGCCUGAGGGGUCUGAACCCCAAGAUCCUCUUUUCCAGCAGGGAAGAGCAGCAGGACAUCCUGUCUAAGUUUGGGAAGCCAGAGCUCCCCCGGCAGCCGGGCUCCACAGCUCAGUAUGACGCUGAGGCAGGGUCUCCGGAGGCUGAGAUCACAGAGUCGGACUCACCGCAGAGCAGCGGCACGGACACCAACCACUUUCUUCACACGCUGGAUUGGCAGGAGGAAAAAGAACCAGACACUGGUGCAGACAAUUCCUCUCCUAAGGAGAGUCAGUCUGUCCUGAUUGCGGACAGAGAUGGAAGCGAAGUAUCAGAUGAAGAAGAGCCUCCAUUCCCCAGUGAGGCGAGGGAGCCAGGGUCUGGAGAAGACAUACCAAGGCUGGCAGCUGGGACCAGGCAGCAAGACUUACUAUUUGAUGUGGGCAUGCUGGCUGCCCCACAGGAGCCUGCUCACCAGGAAGAGGGUGUCGAUCUCCUGGGCCUACACUCUGAGGGUGACUCGGGGCCUGCUGCCCCCUUGCAGGCUUGUAGGGUCCCCUCCAGCAACACUGACUUGUUGAGCUGCCUUCUUGAACCAUCUGAUGCGGCUCAAGUGGGGCCUCCUGGUGACCUGCUCAGUGGUGAGGCUCCUCUGCUUCUGGAAAGCCCAGUUUCUCUUCUUGGGGUGCAAAGCUCCCAACAAGGAAGAGUCUCUGACACUGUGGACCCAUUUGAUCAGCUCCUACUGUCAUCCAGCUCGGACACCCAGCCCUGCUCCAAGCCUGAUCUUUUUGGAGAGUUUCUAAACCCUGACUCUGUAGCUUCCUCAACUGCCUUCCCAUCCACCCACAGUGCUCCACCCCCAUCCUGCAGCACUACCUUCCUGCACCUGGGGGAUCUCUCAGCAGAGCCCAACAAGGUGAUAGCUUCAUCAAGCCACCCAGAUCUGCUAGGAGGAUGGGAUACCUGGGCUGAGACUGCUGUCCCUGGGUCAGCCUCCAUGCCAGUACCAGAAGGUACCCUCUUCUCUUCUGGAAGUCACCCGGCCCCUACGGGUUCCCACCCUAGCCAAACCAAGUCUCAGAGCCGAGACCCAUUUGCUGAUCUCAGUGAUCUCAGCUCUAGCCUCCAAGGCCUACCUGCUGGACUUCCUCCAGGAGGCUUUGUUGCCACAUCAGCCUCCACUCCCAAAAGCAGCAGCUCCUGGCAGACAAGUCGUCCCAUGGCCCCUGGAACCUCAUGGACCCCCCCGGCCAAGCCAGCCCCCAGAGCCUCUGAACAGCCAAGGUCUCACUUCAGUGUGAUCGGAGCUCGAGAGGAGAGGGGUGUCCGUGUGCCCAGCUUUGCCCAAAAGCCGAAGGUCUCAGAAAAUGAUUUUGAAGACCUGCUGCCUAAUCAAGGCUUCUCCAAGUCUGACAAGAAAGGGCCAAAGACCAUGGCAGAGAUGCGGAAACAGGACCUUGCCAGAGACACAGACCCAUUGAAGUUGAAGCUUUUGGAGUGGAUUGAAGGCAAGGAGAGGAACAUCCGUGCACUUCUGUCCACGCUGCACACGGUACUGUGGGAUGGGGAAAGCCGCUGGACACCUGUGAGUAUGGCUGACCUGGUGACCCCAGAGCAGGUGAAGAAGCAAUACCGCCGUGCAGUUCUGGUAGUGCAUCCGGAUAAGGCCACAGGGCAACCAUAUGAACAGUAUGCCAAGAUGAUCUUCAUGGAGCUGAACGAUGCAUGGUCUGAGUUUGAGAACCAGGGCUCGAGGCCCCUCUUCUGAGGCCAGGGAUUGCUAUGGCUGCAGGAGCUGCUCGUGAAGCCUGAAUGCUGCUGACCUGACUGAUGCACAAAUGGGACCAUAGCAGGUGUGGCAGGUGAUAGAUUUGGCCCCAGUGGCCUGGACCAUCUACUCCCAGCCAUCCUGCAUUCAUCAUGGACAAAUACCAUUCCAUGGCUGGGAGAGAAAGCAUUCCUCAGAUCUGAUAUUUGUUGUUUUGUUUUUCUUUUUCUUGUCCCAGAGGAAAAGUGUUGAUUUAUACUCCUUCCACAGCUGUCACAGUUUGUGGUUUACUUGGUGUCUGGUGACUGUUACCUCUUGAAUGGUACAUGUCGCUGGCACUGCUCUCCUGUCACUUCUUCAAAUCUGGGGGUGCAUCCACACCCACUCUGAUGAGUUUGCCAAUCAUCUGUACAUAAUUAAACUAUUUUCUGAUGGCUGGUGCAGUCUC